AUGGAGGGAGCUUCUCGCCAGACAUCGAGACUGUUACGGUCUCGCGGUUCAUCCCUCCUCCAGCAGCGCAGCCGCCUGUCACGACCAACCACCGCAUCAUGCGUGACCACCACGACACAAUCACGAGCCGUGUCAAAUUCCCCUCGCAAUCUGGCCCCCGAAUCCCUCUUUGGUGGUUUCGCAGCUGCUCCUCAGCAAAAUUCCGGUGGAGCUCCCACCUACUUCAAUACCCGCCCCUCUCUCCCCGCAAACACCGUCGUGCGAUUCGUCCCUCAGCAGACAGCAUGGAUCGUCGAGCGCAUGGGUAAAUUCGACCGUAUCCUGGAGCCGGGUCUAGCUAUUAUGGUCCCAUUCCUCGACCGCAUCGCCUACGUUAAGAGUCUCAAAGAAUCCGCUAUUGAAAUUCCUAGUCAGAAUGCAAUCACAGCGGAUAAUGUUACACUGGAGCUGGAUGGUGUGUUGUAUACCCGAGUGUUUGACGCCUAUAAAGCAAGCUACGGAGUCGAGGAUGCUGAAUACGCCAUCUCACAGCUGGCGCAGACAACCAUGCGAUCCGAGAUCGGCCAGUUAACACUCGACCACGUCCUCAAAGAGCGCGCCACCCUCAACACAAACAUCACACAAGCGAUCAAUGAAGCCGCACAAGAGUGGGGUGUUGUCUGCCUCCGUUACGAAAUCCGCGAUAUCCAUGCACCAGAGGCGGUUGUCUCGGCCAUGCACCGCCAAGUCACCGCCGAGCGAUCGAAGCGCGCCGAGAUCCUCGACUCCGAGGGUCAACGCCAGAGUGCCAUUAACAUUGCCGAGGGUCAAAAACAGUCCGUCAUCCUGGCCUCCGAGGCUGAGCGUGCGGAGCGCAUCAACAAAGCUGCCGGUGAGGCUCAAGCUAUCGAGCUCCGGGCUUCUGCUACAGCUCGUGGAAUUGAAUCUGUUGCCAAGGCUAUUCGUGAAGGAGAUCAGCACGCCCACAGUGCUGUCAGCUUGAGUGUUGCCGAGAAGUAUGUUGAUGCUUUCUCCAAGCUCGCUCGUGAGGGUACGGCCGUGGUGGUGCCGGGUAAUGUUGGUGACAUGGGUGGCAUGAUUGCCAGUGCCAUGUCCGUCUACGGCAAGAUUAGCGAGACCCAGGCUAGGGGUAUUGCUUCCAAGGCUAUUGGUGCAGAGCAGGAGCAGUCGACGCCACAGAAGACUGUUGGCGAUGCUGCACAGGUCGAGGAGGUAGCAGCCCGCGAUGGUGUUUCCGAGCAGGUGAUGAAUGAAGUCAACCAGGACAACCAGUUCAAGCAAUAA